AUGAUGAUACACGCUUCGGCUGCUGCUGCCGCCGCACGUCGCGCUGCUAUGGCAGUGCCGCGUGCGCGGCCCACGAUGCAAGUGCGCAUGUUGUCGAGGAGCAUGCGUGUUUGCGAAGGCACGACGACACCAUCGUCGCCGAAGAUUACAGAAAUCGUCGACAGCAUUGAGAAGCUGACACUGUUGGAAGCGUCUGAGCUCGUGCAAGAGCUGAAGACGCGUUUGAACAUCACGGACAUUGCGAUGCCAGCAGCAGCUCCAGCGGCACCAGCGGCUGCAGCUCCAGCAGAAGAAGCACCAGCGGAAGAAAAGCCAAAGGAAAAGACGCUCUUUACAAUUAAAUUCUUGGGUCUCGGAUCUGACAGCGCGAAGGCCAAGGUUAUCAAGGAGGUCAAGGCCAUCAACACGAGCAUGAACUUGGUCGAGGCGAAGAAGUUCGUCGAAUCGGCGCCACAGACGCUGAAGGAAAACGUCACAAAGGAAGACGCACAGAAGAUUAAGGAGGCCGUAGAAAAGGCUGGUGGCAAGAUUGAGUUGGCAUAA